CUUAUGGUGAAUAUAUGAAUAGUUAUAUACAACCUCUGUCAUGAUAAAUGGUUUUAAAUAAGCAGAGUAUCAGAUUGAUUGUAUGUUGCAUCGGUUACAAUGAUGAUAAAACUUAUGGCUUUUUAACCAUUUAACUGAUUCUUUAGUCUAAUUUAAAUUUUCUCAAGUUAUAAUCAACUAGAAACUCUGUUUAAAUAGUCUAUAUGAAUAUUUAACCUAAAUCUAAAAGAAUGUCUGCUGAAAAAUUAUCCAGAAUUGAUUCAAUUGAUGACACUGAUAAAACUCGUAAAGGAUCACAUGACACAUCACAAACAGAUAGUCGACGUCCAUCAAUUAUUACUCAGUCAAGACGACAAAGUCGUUUUAGUUUUGCAUCACGUAGAUCAUUGUUUGGUGGACAUGGUUCACUUAUCGGAAUGUUACGUGGUGGAGUUAAUAAAAAUAUAAAAUAUGAGAAUACAUAUAGAAUACAACCGAAACCAAAUGAAAGAAUUAAACAGAAACAAUUACGAAAUUUAAUUCAAACAACAUUGGAUCACACAUUGAAAGAUGUUAUCUAUGAACCGUUACAAGCACGUAUUUUAUCAAUGAAUUUAGCAAAUAUGUUAAGAAAAAAUGUACGUGAAUUAAAUACUCCAUCAAGGUAUAAAUUUGUUGUACAAGUUCAUAUUGGUUCACCGGAACGUAAUAGUAUAUUUAUUAGUAGUCAAUCUGUAUGGAAUGUUGAAAUGGGUGAUACUUAUGCAUCAGCCAUAUUUUCAAAUUCAAAAAUAUUUGCUGUUGGUAUUAUACAUGCUGUAUAUUUUGAAUAAUAAUUGUUGUCAUGACAGUUAGAGAAAUAUAUAUAUAUAUAUAUAUAUA